AUGCAGAUCGACUCUUAUGGUUAUUAUUCGAGCCACGUCAUGCCACAGCAACACGAAAGCCUUAAACCUGUGAGUGACGACAGCAAGGCGCUGAACAAACUACACAGAGGCAGCGUGCAUCGGGAAGAGGAGACGACAGAGUUAAACGAGCAUGUGGAUACCAUUGACUCUGGGCUGGACAAUCUGCAAAGCAUGUUCAAUGGUCAUAAUUUUAGCAUGGAUGGCAGCACUAUCAUGGAUCUCUUUAAUUCAUCCAUGGGAAUCACAGACUUGUCCCUACCAGACCUAGAAUGUAGCCUGGCGAGCAUUCAAGAGCUGUUGUUAUCGCAGGAACAAAAGGAAACAGAGCCCAGCAUGACUGACAAAGGGAAACAGAUGGUCCACUAUACUGCUCAGCCUCUUAUUGUGAUGGAUUCUAAUGGUCCAGAUCUUCCCAUUUUGCUGGAACUUCAGGAGGAUGAGCCAUACCUUGAUGAGAGAGAAGAAGACUAUUCAGAAGAUCCUGCAUUUUCUCUGCUCUCCUGGGACUCACAAAACAAGCCUACUGACCACAAUAUCUCCUAGAGAUUUGACCUUCCCACGGAACCUCUUGCUUUGCAAUGGUGAUGGGCGCAGGGAUCAUCUGCUGUACUGCAGUGUGUAGGUACAGCCUGGAUGUACAUAUGUCCCAUUCCUAAACAAGCUGGUGAUGAUUCUGGCAAUUGCUAAUCAGCAAUCGGAUGGCGUGGUUAAGCCAUCACAAUCACACCAGUGGCAGUGCCUUGUUCAUGGAUUUGGUUAUUGGUUUAAGUUGCUUUCAUAAGAGACCCAUUACUACAGGGUCUUGUAAGAUGUUUUGGGAAUUUGAAUGUUAAUGGUGUGCAUAUUUAUUGUUAUUUGAUAUGUCCCAUAAUGAAAACAUGGCGUUGCUGUACUAAGACUGUGUAUUGGAUGAGUAGGAAUACAAGCUUCCUGGAGAGUGGUGUUAACAGACAGGAGAUUGUAACUAGAAAAAGAUGACUGGUGCCAUCUACUUGCACAGAUACUUAGUAGCAGCAGUGGAUUUUCCUGUUACUCUGUCUUCCACAUAAUAAGGUGGUAACUUAAAAAAAGACAAAGUAGUUUUCUGCAGUGCACAAGGUUAACAAGUUAUCGAGCAGCAGCCUAAUCUCUCCAGCCACGUAAGAUGCAGAAUAGGCUACAGAAAUAAUGGUGCAUCUUAAGCUUACUCAUCAUAACAUGUUUUGUGAAAAUUGUACAUGAAUCCUACAACAGAAUGCAUCUUAUGUCCUGGCACUUGUUUUCUAUGAUAAACUGUAACUCAGUGUCAGGAUUCCAAUAUUUUAUAGAAACCCUGGUGCAUGUUCGAGAAUAUGGUAGAAAUACAGGAGGUUAGUCCUUAGUGAAAUGCAGUAUAUCGGAAAACAUAGCACAACUCAUGGGAGAGUAUAUGACAUCUCUACCAGUUGUAGUAAAGCCCUUUAUGGAUGUGUGGAGCCAGCAGUUACCUAUUAGUACGAAGGACCAGUUGAAAGUUUACUUGUUGGAAAUUAGUUUAUUUGGAGCAAAAAUUCAUAAAAUGUAUCACAAUUUAGAGAAGGAUUUCCAGGAACAGAUCAUUUAGUCAACAGGCACGUUCUAGAAGACUGCUGUUCAAGAGUCUAGUCAACAGUUAGAGGACUUAGCAUGUCUGGCAGUGCAGUCAGUACUGGUUCUGAACAUCACCACAUCUGUCUCAUACAACAAUAUAAUGGCUACCAGCAAUAACCAUGUUUAUUAUUUAUUCAUUAGAUUGUUGUGUUUGUUUAGUCUUCACAGCUGCUUCACUUUUAUUAACCACUUUGCAGUUCUUUCCAGUUUGUUCUUCGUGUAUGAUGUAACAUAGACUGACAAUGUCAUUUAGUCUUAUGUUUUAAUUUCUUUUCUUUGGUUCUCCAUCUGAUGUUAUAAAGACUGACCAGUUACACAA